AUGUCUGAUCAACCCAAAUACAUCGAGAAAUUACAAUCCAUCCCCAAAGAGAAGUUCCUCUUCGGUCCAUCUCCCAUCUCUCACUUACCAGGAUUGACCAAGCACCUCGGUGGGAAAGUGAACAUCUACGCCAAGAGGGAAGAUUGUAAUUCCGGUUUGGCAUAUGGUGGUAACAAAGUUAGAAAGCUCGAAUACCUCGUCGCCGACGCUAAAUCAAAGGGGUGUGAUACACUUGUGUCAGUCGGUGGUGUACAGUCCAACCACACUAGAGCGGUGACUGCUACAGCUGUUGCAUCAGGAUUGAAGGCCGUCACCGUCCAGGAGAAAUGGGUGCCCAUAGACCCACCUCUAUACGCCGAGACUGGUAACAUUCUUCUGUCCAGAUUGAUGGGCGGUGAUGUCAGGUUGAACCAAGAGACUUUCGAUAUCGGUCACAAGGCUGCUACGGAAGCUGCUUUCAAGGAUGUUCAGGAUAAAGGUGGUAAACCAUACUACAUCCCAGCCGGUGCUUCCGAUCACCCUCUAGGUGGAUUAGGUUUCGUCAACAUGGUCGUCGAAGUCGCCGAGCAAGAAAAGGCUCUGGGUAUAUUCUUCGAUACCAUCGUCGUCUGUUCCGUCACUGGAUCGUCCCAUGCUGGAACUAUCGUCGGUGCCGUAGCGGAAGGUAGGAAGAGGAAAGUGAUAGGGAUCGAUGCUUCUGGUAAACCCGCUCAAACCAAAUCUCAAGUCCAUCGAAUCGCAUCCAACACUGCCAAAUUGCUAGAUGAAGAUCUGGUUAUUGGAGAGAGUGAUGUUAUUUUGGAUGAAAGGUUCCACGCUGGUAUUUACGGUAUACCUGAUGAUGAGACUAUCAAAGCGAUGAGACUCGGAGCCAACACCGAUGCAUUCAUCACUGACCCGGUGUACGAAGGUAAGUCAUUGGCAGGUAUGAUCAAGUUGAUAGAGGAAGGAUCGAUCAAAGAGGGGUCCAAUGUUUUGUAUAUCCACUUGGGUGGUCAACCCGCUUUGAAUGCUUAUUCUUCCUACUUCCCUCAUGACUAG